UGGCAGAUGCAUCGAUGUUUUUUAACAUCACUAAUCACUAGUAGCGACAGUUUUUGCAUAAAAUACAAUUAAAUAAUAAAGGGCCAUCGCCGAAGCUGCAAAAACCAGGUUUUACACUGCUGCAAUUGCUGAAGAGUCUAGUUUAGGUGCCACUCGAAAACAAUACCGGAAAGUGUUACGCGAAAGCCCAGCAGAGCCCCAAAGAAUCAGCCCAAAAGUGAAAGCCCCCAGAAAAAGUAAAGUACAAAAGAGCGAAAGGAAGAGCCAGAGAGGUAAAGAAAGAGAGAGCGAAGAGCGUUGAAAAGAGUCUGUGCGAGAGAAAAACGAUUUUUUCAACUCCGCGAAUCCUUGGUCAUAUUCCGUGUGCAAAUCCUGGUAAAUCGGGAAGUGAAGUGAAAUACUAGGACCAGGACAAGAACGCCGUCAAGAUUCUCGGGCCCAUCUACAGCGGUAUCCAGAUCCAGAGCCACGGCCACCAGGACGCAGAAUCCACCUACAGCACCUACAGCACUCCACUAGCCGCCACCACGCUCCACAAACAGCCAGCAGCCAUUAUGUUCGUCAACUCCAUGACGUUCCGCGGCAAUCCGGCGAACUACCACCAGCAGCAGCCGGCCCUGAACCACCACACGCUGGCAGCGGCGCACCACCAGCAGCAGCUGCACCACCACGCCGCUGCAGCUGGUCACCUGAGCCACGUCGGCGGUGGGCACGCAGCCAGUAACCACCUGGCGGCCGCCGCUGUUCUCGGACGGCAUGGCCACAACUCCCUGGGCAGCGGGCACACGUCCACGUCCUCGCACUCGGCCAAUGUGGGCGUGGGAGUCGGCGGGGGAGCUCUGGCUAGCGGCUCCACUGGGGGCAGCGGAGGCAACAGCUCUCCGGACAGUGGCAAGAUCUAUAUCAAGAACCUGGAGCGGUCCAUCGACAACAAGGCGGUGUACGACACGUUCUCGGUGUUCGGAAACAUCCUAAACUGCAAUGUGGCCAAAGACGAGGAUGGCAAUUCACGCGGCUAUGGGUUUGUGCAUUUCGAUUCGGAGGAGGCCGCCCGAGCGGCCAUCGAGAAGGUGAAUGGGAUGCUGUGCAAUAAUCAGAAGGUGCAUGUGGUCAAGUUCAUACCACGGCGGGACCGGGAGCAGGAGAAGGCCACGCACUUCAAGAAUCUGUAUGUGAAGAACCUCAGCGAGGAGUUCACCGAGCAGCAUUUGCGCGAGAUGUUCGAGCCCUACGGCCGCAUCACCAGUCACAAGCUCAUGCUGGACGAGGAGGGGCGCUCCCGGCGUUUCGGUUUCGUCGCCUACGAGAACCCACAGUCGGCGCUGGCCGCCGUAAUUGGCCUGCACGGCAAGCAGCUGGGCGACAACAAGUUCUUGUACGUGGCAAGAGCCCUCAGCAAGGCCGAGCGGCAGCAGGAGAUCAAUCGCAAGCUGGAGGAGCGCAAGCGGCAGAAGGCCGGCCAGAUAUUCUACUACUAAGGCUUCGGCGGCGGCAGCUGAUCCAAGGACAUCGCUAGGAGUUGACUUGGAACCCACACACAUACAAUACACACCCAUAUAUAAACCUAUAUAGAUAUUUACGAGAAAUUGUAUCGAGCAGCUAGGCGGACAUUCAGGCAGCAGACGGACGGGAGGCAGCUCCUUCGCAUAUACACUUAGAUGUAGGCAAAAGUCUUGCAACACAGUUGAAAUUUAUAGAAAGAACACAGGGCAGAAACAAAGGGAGGGAGAGGCAGAAAACGAGCUCUCAACCGAAAGGAUUUUCUAGGCAUUAGGACAACAAUUUCUUAGCACUCACUAGCGUUUUUUUGGAAUUAGAUGUUUGUCUUUACUGUUGAAUUUAGUGAGCAGGGGCUUUGCUGUCAGCUUCUCGCCUAAAGAACACAUUGCGUACACACACGUAUUUCGAAAUGUAUUUACCCACACAAGGCCAACUUUCACACUGGCCCCUUGGCAUUAAGUCUAGAUCGUGCGAUCGCAACUAGAGCUACGCCCAGCUCAGUCCUGGGCAACAUAUGAAUAUUUACACUUACCUAAUAUAUAUGUAUUAAAACCAAACUAAACCAAGAAACAAAGCAAAACGAAAACAAACAAAAAAAGAACAAAAAACAAAAUGGAAAAACGGAAAAAAUACAAUUGAUGUAACCCCUAUUAACAAGUGAAGCACCCACUCCACGUAUAUACAUAACAUAUACAUAUAUCUAAUGUAACUCCACACGCUGUAGUUAGAAAGCGUUUAUAAUACUCACAACUCCCUACGCUAUAACUAAACUUUUGACGAGGAAAUCAAGUGCAACCAUUGCGAAAGCGAACCCUACACGUAAUUUAUAGAGUAGACGCCGAUGCGGACGAGGAAUAGGUCAGAGCUGGAGAGGAGAGAUCCGAUAUGGAAUUAGCAGGGGCCCAGCGCCUAUCCUGCGGACAGUACAUGAGUAUUAAAAUUUUAGCGAUUACAAGACAUUUUUGUAAUUAAUUGUACAUUGUUUCAAGUAGCAGAAACUAAAGUGAAACCACAAAACAGGACAGCAAGACAGUAACGACCGUAAUGUAACGUGAACAAGAUGAAAGUGAAAAACUAAUUGAAUGUAACCAAUCCAAGAAGAAGUGUACACAGUGCAAUGUUUAAAUCUUUUAGAAUAUUAUUAUGGAUACAAGGCACGAAAGAAAUCGCAAAAUCGAAAUAAUUCAAAGCACGCUGUAUGUAGGCAGGCGUGUGUACAAGUUUGAAAUGAAAGCAAAUACAUGCAUAAUUUAAGAUUAUUGAGCUUAAUUUUUAAAGUGUUUCCGAGAACAGAAAACGAGAGCAAAGUGAAAAGUAAGAGGAAAUUAUUAAGAUACCCUACAACGCUAAACUCACUCGAAAUUUGUAAGAUUCAAGUUUUGCGUCUAGACAUAUACACAAUGUAUAGUUAAACAGUACCACACACAAAAGAGGAAAAUUAAACGACAUAAAAUAGUUAUAACGAUGGCAAUAUUUAGGAUGGCAUAAUUAACGAACCCUCAUUUGACCAUAUUUAUUUCCAUUACACUUCAUUUUGAGCUUAGGUUGCCCGCUCCCCGGGGAGCUGGCGAUGUUACGACUCUAGUUUCCAGGACAAAGUAGGAUUAGGCCUCCACAGUGUAACUCACACAGAACAUAUGCAAUAUGAAUUUACAAGACAAGCAGGAGAAAUUACGCAAUUGAAUAAUAUUUACACGAAUGUACAAAACAAAAGAGAAAGAAAUGAAAUUUAUUUUCCUUUGCCAAGCAAAUGCAACAUACUUCUUAUUAUUAUUAUUACGAAUUAUAAUUGUAAUCGAACUUCAUCUUUGGUAAUUGCUUUUGCAGAAUUUACCUAAAAACAAAAUAAACGAGAAACUAAGGAAAGAAACACCCAAGGAUAACCCUUUUAUAGUGCUAAAUUUUUAGAGUACAAGAAAUGUUUGUUCAGUCUCACAAAAUUAAUUGAUAGUCCCAUUUCGAGUCCCAUUUUGAAUCCCACACUCCACACCAAGUUUAAUCAAUUGUGCACGUUUGCUAAUGAGACACCACCAUGCCACACCACACACGACACCUGCAUUCGAAUCUACUCACAAGAUCCUAGUUUAUUUGAACCUUUGCUUGGACUGGGGCGUUUGUGCCCCUCGAAGUCCGAUUUUAAUGACUAGCGAACCCACAAGGAGCACAGAUAAUAGCGACACGGAUGGCGUAUAAUAUAUGCAUUAUAUAUGUAAUUCCAUUGAAGCGAAAUCCUAAUUAUAACAUAUUACGAAUACCUACUUAUUAACAAACCUAAAAACAAUCGAAAAUGAAUAAUGAAAAAUGAAAAAUGAAAAAGAACAAGAAACGGAAAACAUUUAACGAUGAAAAUCAAGAUGCAGUGAGCAGAGACAUGUGAAACUUGAAUAAAAAAAUGCUUUUGCAAAAAGUGUUUGAAAUUGCG